AUGCCACCCAAAUCAACCAAAGCUACUCCGCCACCACACCCUAAAAUUGAGGAACUUGACUCUCUCCAAGACUUUCGUACAUAUACCGGGAUUGCUGAUCUGCCAGGGAUACCGCUAGUUCAGCAAAUUGAGCAUUUGCAGCGGGAAGCGUCACGUCGGGAGCACGAGUUGGGGAACCGUUCAGGAAAGAGUAAGGGUCGGAACUUGGCAACAACGACGUACAGUGGGAAACAGAAAGAGAAAGAGAAAGAGAAAGAGAAAGAGAAAGAGAAAGAGAAAGAGAAGGAGAAGGAGAAACUGGGAAAAGUUCCAAGUAGAUAUCGUGGAGGACGUCAUACAGCAGCGGUUAAACAGAAAACAGUUCUGAGAGAUGAGGAUGAUGGUGAAGAGAUGUUUGAAGAAGAAUACGAAGAAGAAGAGAUUCGGCAAGCAGAUGGAACAAUUAUCAAGCGGCGGCGAAUAAUACGACCUUCAUCUAAGAAAGUUAAAGAAUCAGAAGACGAAGAAGACGAAGAGGGAGAAGAAGAAGGCAAGAUGUUUUUUGCAAUUUUGGAGUAUACCCAAUUAUUAAUUCCACUUCUUUCCGCACACAUCAUUUUCGAUAUUCUAGUCAAUGUUCAGUAUGCUCAAGAUGUGACGUUUGAAAAUGUGGCUGCUCAGAUUGAGAUUCUUCAACGGGCAGGCAUGGCAGCACCUGUGCUUUUGAUGUUACAUUUAUUUUGUGAACCAUGGAAAGAUACCCGCUUAUUCCGAUGGCUUAGUUUUUUCGCAUCUGUUGGAAUCGGGUCUUAUCUAGUAUACAUUGCAAACGAAGAGGGAUAUUACUUUGUCAUGAAACGUGCACCGCCGCUCGGAACUAUUUGGGUCUGGAUGUUUAUCAUCAUGCAUUGGGCAUAUGCCGCCGUUUCUCUUGUGGUUAUUUUCUUUUGGGCAAAGCUUAAGGGAUAUUCUUUUUAA